GAUCUGUUCGCCGUCGACUUCCGUCUGUGGUCUAGAGCAGCGUCGAGACUAACUGGCAAGAUUCAACACCACCACCUCCAACAACUAAACUAUACAAUGAACCUGCCAGCAUUAUCUCCCUCUCUCGACAUCCGCUUCUUCGCGGUCGCACUACUGGUGAUGGGCCUUUCUACUCCUGCACCAGCAGAAAUCACCAGUCUGGACUCGGGCAACAUUGAUGACAUCCUAAACAAUGCUGGGGUGGCGUUAGUCAAUUUCUAUGCAGACUGGUGCAGGUUCAGUCAGAUGCUCCAUCCAAUCUUUGAGGAGUCAUCUAACAUAGUGAGGGAGGAGUUCCCUGAAACCAAGCAGGUGGUGUUUGCCCGUGUCGACUGUGACCAACAUUCGGACAUAGCCCAGCGCUACCGCAUCACCAAGUACCCAACGCUGAAGUUGUUUCGCAAUGGGAUGAUGAUGAAGAGGGAGUACAGGGGUCAGAGGUCGGUGGCGGCCAUCGCUGACUUCAUCCGCCAGCAGCAGGUCGACCCAGUGAAAGAGAUUAACUCGAUGGAGGAGGUUAAAACUCUUGAUAGGAGCAAGAGAAAUGUCAUCGCUUUCUUCGAAAAAAGGGACUCUGAUAACUACCACGCUUUUGAAAAAGUCGCCAACAUACUUCGUGAUGACUGCACGUUCUUGGCUGCCUUUGGAGCCGUAUCUGAGGCUGAACGCUUCAGUGGAGACAAUGUCAUCUACAAGCCUGUGGGGGAGAGCGUCCCUGACAUGGUCUACCUUGGCUCCCUUAGCAAUUUUGAUCUGACCUAUGCCUGGACCCAGGACAAGUGUGUCCCUCUGGUCAGGGAGAUCACCUUUGAAAAUGGAGAGGAGCUGACGGAAGAAGGAAUCCCUUUCCUCAUUUUAUUCCAUGUUAAAGAAGACACCGAGAGUUUGGAGAAGUUCCAGCAUGAAGUAGCUCGCCAGCUCAUCAGCGAGAAAGGGUCUAUAAACUUCCUGCACGCAGACUGUGAGAAGUUCCGUCAUCCUCUGCUCCAUAUCCAGAAAACUCCUGCCGAUUGUCCCGUCAUUGCUAUCGACUCAUUCAGACACAUGUAUGUCUAUCCCGACUUUAAAGACCUCAAUAUCCCCGGCAAGCUGAGACAGUUUGUUCUGGACCUCCACUCUGGAAAGCUUCACCGAGAGUUUCACCACGGCCCCGACCCCACGGACAGCACGCCGGGACAGGAGGAGACGGGAGGGGAAUUGGCCAGCAGCCCUCCAGACAGCUCGUUCCAGAAGCUGGCGCCCAGUGAGACUCGCUACACCAUCCUCAGUCGGGACCGUGACGAGCUGUGACCUCAGCAGCCUUCCAGUGAUCCUGUGACUCAAUGCCGUGCCCCAGGGUCAGGGAGGGAGGGAGGGAGGGGGGAAGGGGGGUAGGGUUGGGACAGGCAGCGGGACAGAACAGCAACACCCAACACCCUUACUGAGGGGAUAGAUCUAUGGAAGAGGAGGAGAAUGAAGGGGAAGGAGAAGAAGAAGGAGAAGAACGGGAGUUCAGUCCACGACACGACCAUGUUGGAAUAACCUAUAUUUUCAUAACUCUUUCACGUACAGUUUUUAUUUUGGAUCAAACGGAGGGGGGUAAAGAAGGAAUCGUGUGUGUGUGGGUUAGGGGCAUUAGGACAUCAAAAGAAGUGUUUUUACUUUUUUUUUUUUUUUUUUUGGAGCUUGUAAAUAUGUUUAUGCUACAUGGGAGUCUCAUUGUUGGUCUAAAUUAAAUGCAGAGUUUUCUUUAUUUUAUUCCUUUCUUUUACAUCACCUGGUUUUGUGUAAAGACAAAUUACAGGGCUGUUCCCUCACUCCAGUUGUACGGUUCUUAUCUGUGGCUAGUCGAGUUCAGCUUGUCCACUGGGAGACGCUUGUUUUGUCUCCCUGACUGCAUGGCCGCAUCUCAACAUGACCAACUCUAGUUUAAUUCAUUUGUAAAUGUGUAACUUAUAACAGUUUGAAGGAGCUUUAUCUCCACAUCUUUUGCACACACACAUUCUGAAAGAAGAGAAAACAACACAAUUUGAAAUACUUUGUAGCAGACAUCAUUUUAAAACAUGACUUGACACAGAAGAUUAAGAGUCUGAGCUACUCCACCCUGUUGAGAUGCACCCCUUCUCUCCCUGGUACUAGAUGGUUCUUGGUUAUAGUGCUUAUAAAAAGUAUUGCCCCCUGCAACCUUUUUAUUCCUAACGGUUUAAGAACAGUUUAUGUAAUUAGGAUUUUAUUUUUCACCCGGAUCAAGAGAAAACACUGUAAUGUCAAAGCGAAUGAGCCGUAUGACCACGAUACUAAAUUGUGUUUAGUAAAGCAAAACAAAAAAAAGAACAUGAUCCAAACAGGAAGCCCGGUGGAGCGAGCGGCGAGCAACGUCAAGCUGCCGCCAUCGUGUGUGGAGGCUCCUUGGCGGCUUCCUGGUGCAAACGUACAGCUGUAUAGAAACGUCUACCAUCCUUAACAUUAAACUAAAACUACACCGGAUUUCAAAGAAGAAUGUGGAAUAAUUCAUGUCCAGAUGUGUAGACCUGUUACAGGCCUAUUGAUGUAGACCCACGGCUGUAACUGUUGCCAAAGGUGCCUCUUUUAAUUAUUGUCUUGAAGGACAUGAAAAGUUGUGCAAUUGGGAAUUUAUUUGAAAUUGUGUAACGAUGUGUAACCCAAGAAUCUGAAUCUUAUUUUGAUGUUAGUUACUUAAAGCUGAUUAUCUCCACCACCACUGUAAAAUCUCAAAAGGCAAAGGGGGCUGGAUACAUUUUUAAACGUUGUGCUCCCAGGAAUCAAAUGGGGAAAGAAAUUUGUUUUGCAAUAAUGUACUUUCAAAUAUUCCCUAAUUCAUGACAUGUGUUGUUUUUCCUGUUUCCUGUUGUCAAAUGUGUCAUCAUGCUGGGGGAGAAAAGACUUUAUCCUUCCGAGCCGGGAGGGGAGGUGGGAGGUAUGUGUGAUGUAUGGUGGAAAUUUACAGUCGGCCACUUUAUACAACUUCUCUCAAAACUGGUUUUGUCUCUUUAUAUGUGUUUGAGGUUUUGGUACAAGUCCUGUUCUCUGAGAUCCUCCGAGUGUGAAUGAAUCCAGAAGCAGAAGCCCGAUUAUUAAGAGUUUGGGGAACCAUUGCUAAGUUUGUACUGUGCAUCCCUGCCCCUCCGUAGAGGCCGACCGAUGCCUGCAUAGUGACAUAUCAGCCCACAUACAGGAGAGCAACAGGGGGCGUGAAGAAGAGUUAAAAAAUAAAUAAAUGAAAGGGUAAAUUAAAAAAACAUUUUACAGAA